CAGCUGCCCACAUAUAUAAGCCACAACAAACAGUCAUCUGCUUUCUCUAUAUCUAUAUUCCAGGGCCCUCAUCUCUCUCUCUCUCUCUCUCUCUCUCUCUCUCUCUCCCUCUCCCCAUCAAACACUGUCAGUUUUCAAAAGCUUUCGCUUUCCCCCUCUCUCCCCACAAAAACAGGAGGGAAGCGCCUGGGCGAUUGAUUUAGGUUUGGAAUGGAGAUUGCUUCGGAGAAGCUGAGGGAUUUAAGCCGGCCGAUUGAUGUGCCGUUGCUCGAUGCUACUGUCGCUGCUUUCUAUGGAACUGGAUCUAAAGAGGAGAGGAAUGCUGCGGACCAUAUAUUGCGAGAGUUGCAAACAAAUCCUGAUAUGUGGCUCCAAGUCGUUCACAUUCUUUCAAAUACACAGAAUCUCAACACCAAGUUUUUUGCUUUGCAGGUUCUGGAAGGUGUAAUCAAAUAUAGGUGGAACGCUCUGCCUGUUGAGCAACGAGAUGGAAUGAAGAACUACAUCUCUGAUGUUAUUGUUAAGCUUUCAAGCGAUGAAAUCUCCUUUCGCCGGGAAAGGCUGUAUGUCAACAAACUUAAUAUUAUAUUGGUUCAGAUCUUGAAGCAUGAGUGGCCUACUCGGUGGCAGAGCUUUGUUCCAGAUCUGGUUGCAGCAGCGAAGAGUAGUGAAACGAUUUGUGAGAAUUGCAUGGCCAUUUUAAAGCUAUUAAGUGAAGAGGUAUUUGAUUUCUCAAGGGGUGAAAUGACUCAACAGAAGAUUAAAGAGCUCAAACAGUCAUUGAACAGCGAGUUUCAACUCAUCCACGAGUUAUGCUUGUAUGUACUAUCUGCAUCUCAAAGAGCAGAGCUUAUCAGGGCUACGCUUGCCACACUGCAUGCAUUUCUUUCUUGGAUACCUCUUGGAUAUAUCUUCGAGUCUACUCUGCUGGAAACACUUCUUAAAUUCUUCCCCACGCCAGCGUUUCGGAAUCUGACUCUCCAGUGUUUGACAGAGGUAGCAGCUCUUAGUUUCGGAGAUUUCUAUAAUAGCCAGUAUGCUAAAUUGUAUGGCAUAUUCAUGCUACAAUUGCAGGCUGUUGUCCCUUCCAGUUCAAAAAUACCUGAAGCCUAUGCAAAUGGGUCUAGUGAGGAACAGGCAUUCAUUCAGAACUUGGCGUUAUUCUUCACCUCGUUUUUCAAGUGCCAUAUACGAGUUCUUGAGGCAACACAGGAAAAUAUUACUGCUUUGCUUGCCGGUCUAGAAUAUCUCAUUGACAUUUCAUACGUGGAUGAUACUGAAGUUUUUAAGGUGUGCUUGGAUUAUUGGAACUCCUUGGUAUCAGAGCUCUUCGAGGCACAUCAUAACAUGUAUAAUCCUUUAGCAACAGGAAGCAUAAUUGGACUGCAGAUGCCAUUGCUUAAUCGUGUUGCCGGUGGUCUUGGCUCGGAAAUUUUACAGCGCCGCCAACUUUAUGCGAUGCCAAUGUCCAAGUUGAGAUUGCUUAUGAUAUGUCGCAUGGCAAAGCCCGAGGAGGUUCUAAUUGUUGAAGAUGAGAAUGGUAAUAUUGUCCGUGAAACUAUGAAAGACAAUGAUGUCCUCGUGCAAUACAAGAUAAUGAGGGAAACACUUAUCUACUUGUCCCAUCUUGACCAUGAAGAUACUGAGAAGCAGAUGCUGAGAAAAUUGAGCAAACAACUAAAUGGAGAGGAUUGGACUUGGAACAACCUGAACACAUUAUGUUGGGCAAUUGGAUCAAUAUCUGGGUCCAUGAUGGAAGAUCAGGAAAAUAGAUUUCUCGUUAUGGUGAUUCGGGAUUUACUGAAUCUAUGCGAAGUAACAAAAGGAAAAGACAACAAAGCUGUUAUUGCUAGUAACAUUAUGUACGUGGUUGGCCAGUACCCAAGGUUUCUUCGUGCCCAUUGGAAGUUUCUCAAAACGGUUGUCAACAAGUUGUUUGAAUUCAUGCAUGAAACACAUCCGGGAGUUCAGGAUAUGGCCUGCGAUACUUUUUUGAAAAUCGUUCAGAAAUGCAGGCGUAAAUUUGUUAUUGUUCAGGUUGGGGAGAGUGAACCGUUUGUGUCGGAACUUUUAACAACACUUCCUACAACCAUUGCAGAUCUUGAGAAUCAUCAGAUUCAUUCAUUUUAUGAAUCUGUUGGUAAUAUGAUUCAAGCAGAAUCUGACCCCCAAAAGAGAGAUGAAUAUCUGCAGAGGCUAAUGGAGCUUCCUAAUCAGAAAUGGGCUGAGAUUAUAGGCCAAGCACGUCAAAGUGUUGAAUUACUAAAGGACCCAGAUGUUGGCCGGGCUGUGCUUAAUAUAUUGCAGACUAAUACAAGCGUUGCUGCCUCCCUUGGAACUUAUUUCUUGCCACAAAUUUCUCUGAUCUUUCUGGACAUGCUUAAUGUGUAUCGAAUGUAUAGUGAGCUCAUAUCAGCCAGCAUUGCUGAAGGAACACCUUAUACUUCGAAGUCAUCUUAUGUCAAACUCUUACGUUCUGUAAAGAGAGAAACUCUUAAACUCAUCGAGACAUUUCUAGACAAGGCGGAAAAUCAACCACAAAUUGGGAAGCAAUUUGUGCCUCCUAUGAUGGACCCUGUUCUUGGUGAUUAUGCUCGGAAUUUGCCAGAUGCUAGAGAAUCUGAAGUUUUAUCACUUUUUGCUACAAUAAUAAACAAGUACAAAGCUGCAAUGAUUGAGGAUGUCCCUCACAUAUUUGAAGCUUCUUUUCAGUGUACACUUGAGAUGAUCACGAAGAAUUUUGAGGACUACCCUGAGCAUCGGCUUAAGUUCUUUUCUCUGCUCCGUGCAAUCGCUACACAUUGUUUCAAGGCAUUAAUUCUUUUGUCAAGCGAGCAACUUAAACUUGUUAUGGAUUCGAUAAUAUGGGCAUUCCGGCACACGGAAAGGAAUAUAGCUGAAACAGGGCUUAACCUAUUGUUAGAGAUGCUGAAGAAUUUCCAGGCUACAGACUUCUGCAACCAAUUCUAUCGCAGUUACUUCUUGACUAUUGAGCAGGAAAUUUUUGCGGUCCUAACAGACACAUUUCAUAAACCCGGGUUCAAGUUGCAUGUGGCAGUGCUUCAGCACUUGUUCUGCCUGGUAGAUUCAGGUUCAUUAACCGAACCUUUGUGGGAUGCAUCAACGGUUGCUUACCCGUAUUCAAGUAAUGCUAUGUUUGUUCGUGAGUACACAAUAAAGCUGUUGGGCUCAUCAUUCCCGAAUAUGACAGUUGCUGAGGUGACUCAGUUUGUCAGUGGGUUGUAUGAAUCAAGAGCUGAUCUUUCCACAUUUAAGAACCACAUACGAGACUUCCUCGUCCAAUCAAAAGCAUUUUCAGCUCAGGAUAACAAGGAUCUUUAUGCGGAAGAAGCUGCUGCUCAGAGAGAAAGGGAACGGCAACGAAUGCUUACAAUUCCAGGGCUUAUUGCACCUAAUGAGAUACAAGAUGAAAUGUUGGAUUCGUAAUUGUUUUAAAUUGUGCAGAGAAGUGCUAGUUUCCCUAAUUUGUACCAUCGUCUUUCAUGGGAUUUUCGGAUGCUGACAGAACCAAUGGUUGGCAGGUGUAGAGAUUUUUUAGUUUAUAUCGUGCAGGAAUAUAGUGGUAGACCUUGUGUCGUAUGGGGUUUCGUUGUAACCGGAACAAAGUUAAGAAGUUAAUUAUCAGAAUAGGGAUUAUGUAUACAAAUUUAGCAGGUUUUGCAGAUUAUAAAAAUCCUGUUUAGAAAUUUUCUUCCUGGAUUGCUUGCUGAAAAGGUUUAUUAUGCAUAUAUAUUUGCAUAAUAUAGGAUUUUUAAUGUGGAUGGAUUGAGGAAAUUUUGGUUUCUUUUA